GCCACCGGACCCUCACCAACUUCGACCUCUGGGUCCUUUUCCGGUGUCCGAGCAGCUGUGGUCCCUAUGUGGAGAGUAGGUCGUGUCCAAAGGUAUUCAUCAGCAGAGGCUUCCACCGUCCCUGGCCCGAGCCGGACCGGAACCUGCGGUGGGGUGCUACCUGUCUCUCUAAAAGAAAAAAAAAAAAAAAGGAUCUUGAGAGAGGAAAGAAAUUUUGUUACUCAUCUAAAAGUUAAAAUUCAGGUUUUUCUGAUUCCAACCCAGGUCCAAUUCUUGAAUUGGAGCAAGGAGUCCAGGCCUAGAAGGUAGAAACUGUAGUGACAAGAGGAUUUGUCCAGAUCGAGACACAGAGUGUUUCUAUUCCCUUUGGAUGAAUUGCUUGUGUCCUGUCUCAGUUCAAACCACUUCUUCCCUACAAGAAGUAAACACUAUUCUGACUUCCAUCACUCGAGCUCUGGCUUCUCUAAACUCUGCUUCUCUAUUAGAGGAAACCUGAGGAGGACUGGCAGUUCUAAAACCAUGGCCCAGACAUUUGGCUGCUUUCCACUUUGGGGCUAUUACAAAUAAAGCUGCUAUGAAUCUUCGUGGAAUCAUUGUCUGGACCUGUGCUUUUAUUUCUCUUGGUGCCAUUGACAUUCAGUGAUGUUGCCAUAGACUUCUCUCCGGAAGAGUGGGAAUGCCUAAAUUCAGAUCAGAGGGAUUUGUACAGAGAUGUGAUGUUGGAGAAUUACACUAACUUGGUCUCACUGGACUUUGAUUUCACAACUGAGAUCAACAAAUUAUCUUCAGAAAAAAGCAAUUAUGAAGUAAAUUCAUACCACCAGGAGACAACGAAAAGAAGUAAAACCUUCAACUUUAUGCGGUUUAUUUUCAGAAAUGACCCACAGUGCAGAACUGAAUUUGGGAGACAACAAGAACCUAAAGUGGGAUAUUUUAGUCAAGUGAUAUUCAGAAAACAUAUAUCCCUUCUGCUACAUCAGAGAAUUCACUCUAGAGAGAAAUAUGAAUGUAAGGACUAUAGGAAGGGCUUUAGAAAAUAUUCCCACCUUGCUGAACAUCCAAGGGACCACAGUGGUGUGAGACCUUAUGAAUGUAAGGAAUGUGGAAAGGCCUUUAUAGUUCUUCAGCAUUUUAUUAGACAUAAAAAAAUACACACUGAUUUGAAACCCUAUGAAUGUAAUGGAUGUGAGAAGGCCUUUAGGUUUUAUUCACAGCUUACUCAACAUCAGAUAAUUCAUACUGGUGUGAAACCCUAUCAAUGUAAGCAAUGUGGGAAGGCCUUCAGACGUCAUUCUCACCUUGCCGAGCAUCAGAAAAUUCAUACUGGUUUGAAACCCUAUGUAUGUAAGGAAUGUGCAGAAACUUUUAGAUUGUACCGACAUAUGUGUCUACAUCAGAAAAUUCAUCACGGUGUGAAACCCUAUAUAUGUAAGGAAUGUGGGAAGGCCUUUGGUCAUCGUUCAAGUCUUUAUCAACAUAAGAAAAUUCAUUCUGGUGAGAAACCAUAUAAAUGUAAACAAUGUGGAAAGGCCUUUGUUCGCAGCUACUUACUUAUUGAACAUCAGAGAAGUCAUACUGGUGAGAAGCCCCAUGAAUGUAAGGACUGUGGAAAGACCUUCAGUAGGGGCUCGAGCCUUCUUAAACACAAGAGAAUUCAUAGUAGUGAGAAACUCUAUGAUUGUAAGGAAUGUGGAAAGGCUUUCUGUAGAGGCUCUCAACUUACACAGCAUCAGAGAAUUCAUACUGGUGAGAAGCCACAUGAAUGCAAAGAAUGUGGGAAGACUUUUAAACUUCAUUCAUACCUUAUUCAACAUCAGAUAAUUCAUACAGAUUUGAAACCAUAUGAAUGUAAACAAUGUGGGAAAGCCUUCAGUCGUGUUGGAGACCUUAAAACACAUCAGUCAAUUCAUGCUGGGGAGAAACCCUAUGAAUGUCAGGAAUGUGGAAAAGCCUUUAGACUUAAUUCCCAACUGAUUUAUCAUCAGACAGUUCAUACUGGUUUGAAACCAUAUAUAUGUAAAGAAUGUAAAAAGGCCUUUCGUACUAUCUCAGGUCUUUCUCAGCAUAAGAGAAUUCAUACUGGUGAAAAACCCUACGGAUGUAAAGAAUGUGGGAAGGCCUUUAAUCGUAGUGAUCGACUUGUUCAGCAUCAGAGAAUUCAUACUGGUGUGAAACCACACAGAUGUAAGGAAUGUGGGAAGGCCUUUAGUCGUUGCUACCAACUUACUCAACAUCAAAGAUUUCACAGUGGUGAGAAACUCCUAAUGUAAUUAGAGUCCGAGAGUAUUUAGCUAUGGCACAUCCUUGACCAUUCACUAUUCUUCUAUCCAGUGAUGUUAUAGUAAAGAUUAAAUUAUUUAACAAACUAUAAACCCUUGGAAGGGUAUUUGGCACAUACUAUUUGUUUACUAAAUAUCAUUUUUAUGAUAAGCACUAAUAUUACUAUAAAUAAAUUCAUAUGAAAGACCCCCUGAGCAUAUUUUUAAAAAUAUUUCUAUCAUUCAUCCAUAUUUUACUUCAGAUAAUUCAUUUUGGACAAAAUCCCAUAGAAUAUAUUAAACAAGAAGCCCUUUUAUUCAAAGCUCAUCCCCAUGAAGAUUAAUAAUGGGAAAAAACCUUAUGCCUUUGUUGAAUGUUGACUCUAGCUAUUGAAAAAUGGAGAGUGGUUUGAAGUAAUUUUCUUACAAUAAAUUCUAUAAUAAGAUAACAUACAAUCCACAUUACCUACAAUUCAAAGAAAUUUGAAAUUAACAACUGGAUAACCAAAAGACAGAUGUUGACUUGGGAUCAAAUUUUCCUCAAGUUUUUGAAAUUUUCAAAUUUACAUAAAAGGUAAAACAAUGAAGGUUUGUUUGCCCUCUCCCUAGAUUCAGUAUAUCUGAAAUAUCUCUAUCUCAUGAAAAUGUAUAUAUUUAGAUGCACAUAUACUCACUACACAUUGAAUGUAUAAUAUGUAAGUGAUAUAUCUAUAUAUUAUUGAAUUUGGGAGAUAACAGGAACCUAAAGUGAACUAUUUUAGUCAAGUGAUAUUCAGAAAACAUAUAUCCCUUCUACAUCAGAUAUAUCAUUUACAUAUGUAAAAGCACAGCAAAAUAAUAUGUAAUAGAUAUAGGUAUGUGUUAUAUAUUAUAUCAUAUAUUUUGCUGUGCUUUUUGAAUAUUUUAGGUAUAACUUCAUCUCUAAGAAAUCAACAUAUAACUCCUAGAUUUAAGAUAAUUUACAUGACCACUAAACCCUUAUCAACUAAAAAAAAUUUAACAGUAACCCUAAAAUGCCCUAUAAUAAUCAGUUCAUUUACAAAUUUCUCCAGUUGUUUAAAGAAUGUCUUUUUAAAAAGUACUGACUGAAUUAAGAUUAUACCUUUUAUCUGAUUAAGACUUUUUGAAUCUCUUUUGGUUGAGAACUUGACCCUCCACCUUUUUCUUGUGACUUAGACAUUUUGAAGACUCAGGAGAAGUAACCUAUAUAAUGUUGUAUAUUCUGCAUUUGUCCUAUUAUUUCUCAAGAUGGGCUUAAUUUAUUUUUCUAUCCUUUGUAUUGUGAACUGGAGGUCAUGUCUAGAAACUUGAUUAGGUUUCAGAUGAAACUUUUUUCACAAGACUACUUCAUGGAUAUUAUGUACUUAAUAUUGUAAGCUAUCAGGUGGCAUACAAGUAAAAUUAUGUUGAUCUCUUGAUUUACCAGUUCUAUUGUAUCAGUACAUUUUUUUCUUUUCAAUUAAUAAGUAAUCUAUGGAAAAUCACAUUGGCACUCAACCUGGAAAUUUAAAUAGUCAUAUAUUUUAAAGAAACUAAAACCAAAAAAAAAAAAAAAAUCCCACAACUUUUCUAUAUACCCAAAUAUUUACCUUUUUCCAUGCUCUUCCCAAUGAUCUGGAUUUCCAUCUAGUGUCAUUUCCCUUCAGUUUGAAGACAUUAAUUUAGCAUUUCUUGAUGUGCACAUCUGCUGGUGAUGAAUUUUCAGUUUCUUUUACUUGAAGGUAUUUUUUCUUGCUGUAGAAUUCUGGAUUUAGUUUUUUAUUUUUAUAAUAAAAAAAAAGAUACUGUAUCACUGA